UUAUGUUCUGGAAGCCUCCAGUCACGUAACACGUUUAUUAUUCAUCAAUCGAGCUCUGGCCGCGCCCACUUUCAAAACCCCUCUCUUUCCUUUCGACCAAUCAAGCGGGAGAACCGUGCGGGCGUCCCGUUACGUCAUUAAUAUUCAUGAGGCAGGCCUUGAGCGUAGUAGCGCGUGCAGCCGCAUCCCGGAUCGAGCGCCACGUCGCACAGCGGAGUCUCCGCGAGCUGAGAGGAAUGCGCUGAAAUAACCUGCAGGACACAAACAACAAACAUGGUGAAGAGCGUGAAUUCAGAAGUUCAGUCCAGGAGUGAAACAUAUGAAGGAGCAGAAGAACACGCAGAAACCGAGCCGUCCGCAGCUGCUGGCGGUAAAGAGCACCCUGUGGCUCCGCCCACCAUGAUCUGGCGCGUGACCGGGGGCCUCUUCAGCGCCACGAAGGGCGUGGUCGGAGCCACAGUGGGCGGAGUCGCCUGGCUGGGCGGGAAAAGUUUGGAGAUCACCAAAUCAGCAGUGACCGCGGUGCCCUCGGUGGGUGUCGGCCUGGUGAAGGGCGGGGUUUCAGCAGUGGCAGGGGGCGUGUCCACAGUGGGGUCGACAGUAGCCAAUAAAGUUCCGUUCACUGGAAAGAGGAAAGACAAAUCGGAGUGAAGAAACGGACGAUUAUAACGAGAACCUCCCGUUUGAGCCGAACACUCGUUUGCUGUGCUGAUGCGCAGUGAUGCUGAUUUUUGAUUGGUCGCCAGAAACAUGUGACGGAUGUUUUUGACCAAUCAACGCCCAAGACAUUUGCGCAAAAGGGAGUUUUGUACGUCAUACUGUGGGGUUUUGAUGUAAACAGGCUUGAUCUCAAUGGAAAAUAGGGUUUUCUCCAAUCAUCUCAGAUCUGCGACCAACGACACAUUUAUCAGUGAUGUUCGUUUCUGUAGCUGUUAAACGACAUCUUCGGAUUUCUUCUGAAAUGUUAGUCAAAUUGUCUGUAAAUUGCAUUUUUUAUUAUUUGAGUAUAAUAAAGUCAUGUAAAAGA